GAUUCGAUUCACUCAGGCCAGCCAAAGGCACGCAAAAUGUCGCCUACUUAAUACCUGAAAAAUGUAUCCUAUUCUCCACCUGUGGAAGUGACUUUUACAGUAUUUACCAUUUUAUGACAUUUUGUGUACCACACCGUGAAGCGAAACAUAAGAAACAGUUGCUGUUUGCGGCAAAAAAAAUCUCACUGCUCUUGCCUUUACUCAGCUAAUAAAUCCCACUUUUCAUUGACUCCCUCAGAGAGGAAUUGAUUUCAAAUGUGCUUUUGAAUUGUUUUAAUAAUAAUAAUUGUUUUAAUGCAUAGAAGUGCACUGCAUCGCAGGCAGUUUCUAAUCAUUUGCCCUGUCACGUAAAGCCCAAAAGUAAACAAAUUGGAAACAGCCCUUAGUACGUAUGUGUCACUUCUACACUAGCCGCAAUAAACAUAAUAUAGUGUCGCCGAGGUCCAUCCGUGAAUAUCUGAAUGCACUUGUUUGGUUUGUUUGCAUGUGUGCAGAGUCUAUUGUUACUUCACAUGGACACUUCCAAAGGCCUUUGCCCUCAUCAGAGCAUUCCUAUCGAGGUGGAUGAGAGCAUGACGGCUUCCAGUCUCGACUUGGACUGGCCUCCUAAUUGCCAGCAGUGUAGUGGUCCAGGGAACAGUCGAAGCUGGGAAGAAACGGGGGAAAUGAAUAUCCAUGUCAACCGGGAGAGACUCCUUCGGCGUUAUUUCCAGAGUGCACCCAAAACAACAACUCCUCCUACCGCCGACCUCGCCUCCAUUCCGGCCAUGCACGGUGGCAGUGUUGGGCUUCCAAGACAAGAACAGAAUCACACUUGUGGUAUUAUGGGACCUGAAAAGUGGCCUGGGUGUUCUGUGAAUGUGGCAGAUGGCUUGGAGCCCCCCCUCCCACUCAUGUCUGAUGCCUAUGCCGCCCAGCACGUCCCAUCACGCUACCCAGCGCCAUAUAUUCCUUGCCAGUGGCUCGGUCCAAAGCCGGCGGGUUGCCUUCGACACUGUGUGUGUCCACCAUAUCACGGGGCUCGACCCUUUGAGCGGACAUGGAACCAUCCAGGAAACAAAAUGCAAUAUGAAGAUGUUCCAAAUGCUACGGAUGCCCCUCAACUACAAGCCGGGGUGGCUCCCAGGGAUGUAAUGUGUGAGGUCAGCUUAGAUUGCCCCAUUCAGGCAGAUCCGGGACCAGGUACCAGGGAGACCAGGAAGACUGUCACGCUCCCUGACGAUUAUAGGAAUGUUUUCAUCACAUAUUCAGUGGACACGGCUGAGGAAAUGACCGCCUUCACCAGAUUUCUAACAAGUCAGGGCUUCAAACCAGCAAUUGACAUAUUUGACAAUCCGACCAUACGAAUGGGCAUCACCAGAUGGAUGGACAGAUUUUUGAACGACAAAUCCGUCCUCAUCAUUGUGGCGAUCAGCCCCAAGUACAAGGAGGAUGUAGAGGGGGAUAGCGACGAUGAGCACGGGCUACACACCAAGUACAUCCACAAUCAGAUCCAGAAUGAAUUCAUCCAGCAAGGCUGCCUGAACUUCAGACUUAUACCAGUGUUGUUUGCCAAUGCGACUAAGAAACAUGUCCCCAGUUGGCUUCAGAACACAAGGAUAUACCGGUGGCCCCAAGACAUGCAGGACCUGCUGUUGCGCCUGCUUAGGGUGGAGCGCUACAUCAUUCCACAGGCAGAAGCAUCCCUCACCCUCACCAUUCGCCCACUCUGAAAGAAAUGAGAAAUAACACACUAUAAACCUUCAAGAGAAAAUGACAUUUCCAAUGAUGAUUUUUUUUCUUCUUCACUUUUCUGACUCAAUAUCCGGUCUCUAUACUAUGUUUAAUUUUGCAGCAUAAUCUAUUCUGAGCGCCGGCUUUCUGCACGGCAAAGUUUGAAAUGAGAACUGAUGAUUCCAAUUCAAAUGGCUUAAGUAGGGGAUAGGGGAUGUCGUAAGCCCCCCCCUGUUAAGCGAUGUUUUUUCCAGCUUUGUGGAAAACACAUCGCCCAGAGCCCAGGGGAGGGGGCUUACGACAUCACCUAUCUCCUACUUACAUGCCAUCCUUUCGUCCAUUCCAAAGAAUUCCUCCUUAACCGUGGACGGACAAUGGCCUCAAUGGCGGCUUAAUGGCUCGCCCCCCCCCCCCUUUUUUUUUUUUUUUGCAUUCCCAAAAAAUGAUUCCACAUGUUGUGUGGAGCAUGCCUCAAAAUUGGAGCAUAAAUAGUUGAGUUUUCCACACAAAUACUGGCUAGUGCAUCCUAACUAAGCCUUGUUGCGUGAACUGAUGAAGCCUGCUUGGAUGAGAAGGGAAACUUCUUCUAGGACAAACAGAACCGUCCAGUUGCGAUCGAUUCAAUGCCCCGAGAAUGAAAUGACCUGGACGAAUGAGAAUAUUCACAGGCACAUUAACCUUGUAUCAAUUUAGUAGCUACACAUCAUAUACAGUAAACCAAGGGUGGAACAAAUAAAUGAUAUGUAGUUUAUUUUUCAAAACAUUUUUGU